AUGCUCUACCUACUCGACUACGGCGCCGGCAAUGUGCGCAGUCUCGCCAACUCGAUCACCAAGCUCGGCUUCGAGUUCAAAUGGGUUCAGUCGCCCGACGACCUCAAGAAGGCCGACAAGCUUCUCUUCCCCGGUGUAGGCGCCUUCGGUCCCGCCAUGCAGUCCAUCCGCGACAAGGGCUAUGCUGAGCCUUUAAAAGAGUAUAUCGCCUCGGGCAAGCCAUACAUGGGCAUCUGCAUCGGUCUCCAAACCCUCUUUGAGGGUUCUGAUGAGGCGCCUGGGGCUGCUGGUCUCGGCGUUGUCCCGGGCGUCGUCUCGAGCUUCUCACCGUGCGAGCAGGACGGAAAAGUUAAGAAGUCGGUGCCGCAGAUGGGCUGGAACUCGGCACAGGUGGUCAAGACUCGGAAUGACGGCGGCGACCAGGAUGCGGUCAAGUACGGCUUCCCCGAUCCUGCUUCGGGCGAGACGAGCCACUACUACUUUGUCCACUCGUACCGCGCAGCAUACCACCCCGAAAAGCACGCAGACUGGGUGCUCACCACCACACAGUACGGUUCCGAGGUCUUCUUGUCCUCCAUCCAGAAGGGCAACGUCUUUGCCACGCAGUUCCACCCAGAAAAGAGCGGCCGCGCUGGUCUCGAACUCCUCCGUGCCUGGCUCAGCCAACCGGGCACCAUCGACCCCAGCAAGGAGCGCCUGCUUCUUGACCCUGAGCAAGUCGCCGCGCCAGCACCACAGGACGGCCUCACAAAGCGCAUCGUCGCGUGCCUCGAUGUGCGCAGCAACGACGAUGGCGACCUCGUCGUCACCAAGGGUGAAUCGUACGAUGUGCGUGAAAAGGCGGAUCCUGCUCCCGCAGAGGCCGAGGUGGAGGCAGAGGCUUCCACUUCCAGUAGUACUGGCACAGCGAACAAGCGCAAGGUGCGCAACCUCGGCAAGCCCGUCGACCUCGCCUUGCGAUACUACCUCGAAGGCGCCGACGAGGUCACUUUCCUCAACAUCACCUCGUUCCGCUCGUGUGCACUGCAAGACCAACCCAUGCUCAGCCUGCUCGAAGCCGCCGCUGCCAAGAUCUUUGUACCGCUCACCAUCGGUGGAGGCAUUAAGGACUCUGUCGACCCAGACGGUACGCCCAGACCCGCCAAGGAGGUGGCAGACGCCUACUUCCGCGCGGGUGCCGACAAGGUUUCGAUCGGCUCGGAGGCGGUGUACGCCGUUGAAGAGCUGUACGCUCGCGCGGAACAGAAUGGGCAAGAGAGCGAGACCAACCCGCUCAAGUUUAGCGAUGCCUGCUUGACGGGCAAGACGGGUAUUGAGACCAUCAGCAAGGGAUACGGCGCGCAAGCUGUGGUUGUUUCCAUCGACCCUCGUCGCGUCUAUGUCGGGGAAGGCGAGACGGUUAACCCGAAACACGCGCCUUGCCUUGUCGAGGGUGCCAAGGGUUCCGAAGACGAGGGCAAACGGUGGUGGUACCGAUGCACCGUCAAGGGUGGGCGCGAGGACCGCGAUGUCGAUGUGAUCCAGCUCGCGCGUGGGGUGCAGCGCCUCGGUGCAGGUGAGGUGCUACUCAACUCGAUCGACCGCGAUGGUUCCAACAAAGGGUUCGAUCGUCAGCUCGUCGAGCUCGUCCGUGGCAGCGUCGACAUUCCGGUCAUUGCAUCGUCCGGGGCAGGUACGGCACAGCACUUUGUCGACGUAUUUACCCCCGUGCCUGGUGGCGGGGAGGCGACGGUGGAGGCAGCGCUAGCAGCGGGCAUCUUCCACAGGAACGAAUGCUCGAUCGACGAGGUCAAGUCGACACUGUUGCAGAAAGGGUUCAAGGUGAGGAGGGAGGAUGUUGCUGCUGGCGCUGGGGCUAUUUCCAAGCAGUAG